UUUUGGUUCAAUGUGAAACAGCAGGAGUUCUAAAAUACACAGAAGAAUAAGUGUGUAUAUAUAUACACAUAUGUACCAGAUAAUCCCAAAUUCGACGUUCCAUUGUUGCGGAAGGAAGAAGAAGAAGAUGGACAUUCAAGCUAAGAAGGGAUUUUUCGGUAACCGGAAACGGAGGAACAUAUGCAUAGUUCUUGGACUGACUCUAAUCUUGCUCAUACUAACAAUAGUGAUCUUAUCAUUCACCGUUUUCAAAGCCAAAGACCCCGUAAUCACCGUCGAUUCCGUCGCUCUAGAUUACCUCAGUGUGCACCUUGACAUUGCCAGAGUGACGGUGAAUAUCAACUUGACCGUCGCCGUCAAUCUCACUAUUGACAAUCCGAACAAAGUGGGCAUGAAGUACAACAACACCACGUCGACGUUGAUUUACAGAGGAGAGGAAGUGGGAGAGAUUCCGAUCCCUGCCGGCGAAGUAUCGGCGGAUGAAUCAGUUCAUAUGAGUGUACUUGUCACCGUCAUGGCCGACCGUUUCAUGUCAAAUUCUCAGGUUUUCAACGACGUCGUAGCGGGUUCGUUGUCUCUCAGCAGUUACACGAAAAUUACAGGGAAAGUUUCGAUCUUCAAGAUCUUCAAGGUUCAUGUGACCACGGUUUCGGAGUGUAGCUUCACUGUAUUUAUAUCCAACCGCACAACCAGCGACGAACAGUAUAGAAGGAGGGUGCAUUCGAAUCAAACUGGCUCGUUGUUCGGUUUACAUGAAUUGAGUUUCAAUGAAAGAAUGAUCAACUAAAACAUGAACACGGGCCCUGUAUAAAUGUUUACGAACAGCACCUAAAUACAGGAACUUGCAGGUCCCCUACCCCGCUACUGAUUUCGUGGUGUGUAACUGCAACCAAAAUCCUAACCCACCACCGCUACCUGCUCGCCCCACCACUAUAAUUUUUUUUUUUUUUCCAGGAAAGCAGAAGAUCCUCCAUAGAAGCUUCUCAUCUCACAACAUUUUUUUCUUCAAUGUGAAACACCAGGAGCUUUAAAAUAAUUAAUAAAAAAAUAACAGCUAUCUAUAAACACAUAAUCCCAAAAUUCAAGAUUCCAUUGUUGCUGGAAGAAGAAGAAGAAGAAGAAGAUGGACGUUGAAGCGAAGAAGCGACGUUUCGUCAGCCGGAAGUGGAGGAACAUAUGCAUAUGCCUUGGAUUCGCUCUAAUUUUGCUGACAGUUUUAAUGGUGAUCUUAGCAUUCACUGUAUUUAAAUCCAAAGACCCCGUAAUCACCGUCGAUUCCGUCGCUCUUAAUAAUCUCAACGUGCGGCUUGAUGUGACCAGAGUGGCAGUGAAUCUCAACUUGACCGUCUUCGUCAAUCUUACUGUCGAAAACCCGAACAAAGUCGGCAUGAAGUACAAGGACAGCGUGGCGGUGUUGACUUGCAGAGGAGAGCAAGUGGGUGAAAUUCCGAUUCCCGCUGGCGAAGUAUCGGCCGAUGAAACAGUUCGUAUGCUUUUAUAUCUCACCGUGAUGGCCGACCGGUUAGUGUCCAAUCCUCGAAUCUUUUCCGACGUCGUAUCGGGUUCGUUGCCUCUUAGCACUUACACCAAAAUUUCUGGAAAAGUCCCAAUCUUUAAUGCUUUCAAUGUUCAUGUGAUCUCUGUUUCCAACUGUAGCUUCACUGUCUAUAUAUCUAACCGUACAACCAGCGAAGAACUCUGUACCUAUAAGAAUAGCUUAUAAUAAAUUCAGCUUUAUGAAGCUUUACUUUAA